ACAAAUACUGGACAGUACCUUCGAUGAUAUAUACAGCUGAUAGACUCACCUCCAGUUGAUUCUCCGUUCAGCCGAGUAGUCGAUACCUUAGUAUCGAUUUCGCGGGACCGGAUCAGUCAGUCAAUAUCUGAUCAAGCAAGGAUUGUGCGAAAUUCACAGUAAAUCACCGACAGCUUCGGCCAUAUCUCAUCCUUCAUAUCAAAUCUCAAUAUAUCACCGUCAUUCAUCACACUCUUCAUCUCAUCAAGCUAAUGCAAUGGAUUUGGGACUGAGUUUCCACUCACUGCUUCUAGUAUGCUGCUGGUUUCUGCUCUCCUCUGACUCAGCAAGAGCCUCAGAUGGAAGACUGGGGAGGCGACAACUGGACUUUGAUUCUGUGAACGAAAAUUCAGAUGUCCCAGUGUUUGGAAGGAGAAUCUCCUCAUUGACAAAGAAGAAACAAAGUCAUCUACCAGUGUCAUCACCAGAUAGUCAAUCCGAUGGAUCAGCUCCUGACAGAAACUAUUUGCCAGGAAAGGACUACCUACCGCCACCUUCAGCUCUACCACCAAAAUUGACCAACAUAAUCAAUAUUGAACCGCCAUUUGGAUCUUCUGAUCAAAUCAACAAUGCAAUAAAUUACACACCAGAGCCUGAAACGACAACAAAAGCUGUAACGAAACGUAUCAAAGUUCCUAUUCCAAGGGUGAGAACUACAACAGAAGGAUAUCCUAAUAUUGAACCUGCACCGGCAGAAAACUCACCAAAUUUGAUCAAACCAGUUGUAGACAAACAUGAAAAUCAUUCAUUGGAACGACUCUGUAACGAUCCUUUUCAUAGUUUCUUAUGUACUGGAGCAACAAAACAGAGAGAAAGGAUAACAGGACGGUUGAGGCCACAAGCCAAAAUUCCAGCAAAUGUUCUAAAUGGUCAAGCAUCUUUCCAGAAUGAGAGAAAAUCUCCACCAGCUCGCCCUAUUGAGCCAAGUCCUUCAAGAGAUUUUCCAGCUUUUCUCAAGCCAUCCACUACCAAACCAGUCACCACAACUGAGAGACCUGUUUUCAAAGGAUUCGACACUCAACCAACAUCUGACUUCAGGGCUUAUCUACCACCUACAAAAUUCAAUUCAAGGCCAGAGAGCAACUAUGACUCUCAAGCAGCUUCUGAUUCAAGAGCCUAUCUGCCUCCUACGGAAGCCCCAGUACAACCCCAACCUUCUUUUGAAUCUAGAGAGUACUUACCGCCAGCAAAACCAGACAGCUCUGAAAGAGUUCAACAGAGGAAACAGUUUUCAACCCAACCAAAGUCUUUCAAAAGCUUUGCACAAAACCAAGCAUCAUUCAAUAAUUUCUACAAUUUUCCAGUAUCAUCCACUCUUAAGCCUAUAGUUGUGAACAAAGUCAACCCAACAAUGAAACCAUCUCCUUAUACUCCACAAUAUACAACCCAAAAACCUCCUGUGUUUCCGCAGUUCAAUAACUUUGGUGGCCUGAAUAAAUUCCCAUACAAAUCGAAAUAUGAUGGCUAUGCAUUUGAAACACCCAGAACUACUUCUCCCGCAACCACAAUACUGCCUGAGCCAUCAAAUUUGAAUGAAUUUUUCGCCAAAGACAGUAAAAUUCCUCAGCCAAACGAUUUGGAUUCGAGAUUGUAUUUGCCUCCAACAAAUGCAAAGCCUUCCAUUCAGCCGGAGCCAUCAUCAGAAGAUAAAUCAUUUUUACCUCCUCCUUUACCACAAAAGCCAAAAUUUCCAUUAAUAAAUCCUCUUCCAGCUCAACAGUUACCAGUUAGAUUGUUACCAAAGUCAACAACUGCUAGACCCAAGGUGGACAACAUAGUAGGUGCUGGUGCUCAGAAUCCAAUAGCAAUCAGUCAAGGGACAACAGAAAGGCAGCACACAUUGGAGGAGCUCUGCAAUGAUUCAUUCCAUAGCUUUCUCUGUGUACCAUUGAAGCCCAGGCAACGAUUCAAUGGCAGACUGAGGCCUCAAGCUAAAUUGCCUCCAGGCUUGGUGCUGCCUGAUAGCUCAAAUAUCAACGAGGAAAACAGACUACCUGCUCCUUCAUCAACUGAUGAGCAAAGAAUUAAACCAUCAUAUUCAAAACCACCAACUACAACGCCCCAACCUACUCCAAGUACUACUAGACAGCCGGCUUCAUACCUUCCUCCAAUCAGAAACAAUAUUAUUCCUGAACCCUCUCAAAAUGAACUUACAAUUAUCAGAACCACAAAAAAGCCAUUAAUCCAUUUUGAACCAUCAGAUGCAUUCAACCCAUAUCAAGCUGUGACAAAAAAAGAGCCCAAAACUAUAACCAAAAGCUAUUCAUUCUCCUACUCCCAUACCACAACUAAAAAUACAAUGAUGACUACUCACCCCUACCUUCAUCAUCAGACAAUACAGCAAGAAUAAUGAAUCUGAAUGAUGGUUAUUCAUAUCCAAAGCCUUAUCAACCAUUCACUUUCCCAACUACACCAACUCCUUCCACAACACCAGAAGUCUACCCACAACCCUCUAAUGAUCAGCUUCAAGCCAUCAGACCAUCAAACAAUAAUGGUUAUAACUAUCCAAAGCCAGCCAACCAAUUUUUGCUUCCUUCUGAGCCAGUGAAGGACAACGAGUCACCAAGCCCAUCCAACAACUUUGGAACUGUGCUGAUUCCUGAGAAUGUCAAGAGGAAACCCAAAGUGAAAUUCACAUUGCCUACAACUGCAGCACCAGUUGUCACUACACCAAGACCAACUGAACCAGACACUAAUAUAGAACCAGCUGCAGCUCAAAACCCAGUGGUUGCAGUGCAGGUUGUCAAGGAUAAAGAAGAUCACCAUACAUUAGAGGAGCAAUGUAGUCAUGCUUUCCACAGUUUCCUAUGUAACACUCCCAAGAGGAAACGUCCGCGUCCUGAUGGAAGACUGUAUUCAGCAUAUCUUGCCAAACCUACACCAGCAAUUCAACCAGCACCUUCCAAUAACAACCCUGAAAGACUGAAACCAAGCGUCACAACAAAGGCACCAUACAAGAAAAUAGAGACUACUACAGAAAAUAAUGAUUUGGAAGAAGCGCCAGCUCCAUCCUCCAAUCAGCAGCAAGCUCUUCCAUUCAACGGUUACAACUAUCCCAACCCAAAAACACCAUUCAAUUCACCAGCCAAAUCCACCACACCUAAAUAUGACACAGCACCAUCAAAUCCAAUCGAGAAUAAAGCACCGUUUGGAUACUCUUACCCAAAACCAUCACCUGCCUUCAAUAUACCUAUCUCAACAACUACCACAGCUGCACCAGUACCCGAGUUCAUUGAUGAGACUAGACAGUCCGGGUCUUUUGAGAAUUUGGGCUACUCUUAUCCUAAACCCUCACCCUCCGAAAGACUCCCGUCUGCAGCUGAACCUUCUCCGAAUAUUUUGAAAGUGGAUGAAAGCAAAGAGUCAACCGGCUAUUCUUACAAUGUUCCCACUAAAUCAUUCACGCUACCUACAAGACCACCAACAACUUUAGCUCCAUAUUUCGACAUUGAUGUCAGAUCAGCUAGUCGAGAUUCACCAUCUCUCCUACAGCCUGCACAAAAUACAUUUGGUCAAGGAUACAACUAUCCACGUCCUGACACAUCAAAACAACUUCAGUUGCCAUCAAAUAAACCGUUCUUCGACACAAACUCUGCCAAAACCAACAAACCCAUAGAAAGUAAGCCUACUCCUCCUACAUCCAUUUCAGAGCAGCUGCCCAAAAUUGAUGAAGACCAGUUUCCGUUCUCAUUUUUCAAAAAAGCAACAACAAAACCCAAAGUCAAGGAUCCACUACCUCGUGACAGUGAUCUAAUUAUCUUGAAACUAUAAUUUGUAAUUAGUAUACGUAUGAACUAUGAGAUGGAGGAAUGAAUGAGUUCAUUCCAAUCUUUUGAAAAGAAUAUAAUUUCGAGAGUUACCAUGACCCCAGAAGUACUAGCUUCUGUGUAAAUUCUUUUAAAAACCAGCUCACUGUUUAAUAGAGCAAUAAUCUAAGUUACCAACAAGAAAUAAGACUUAUAUUUGGUAGAAUAGUCGAUAUUUUUAGGGUACUGAUUUGUAUUUGUAGAAUAAUUACUGAUUACGAGAUUAUAUUUACUUUUUUAUUUCUUGA